AACGUCUUCCCCUCAAGCCGCUCCAGGCGAAGAAGGUGAAGGUGCAAAACCCUAGAAACCUUUCGAUCGGGAAGUAGCAGCUGCAAGCGGAGAAGAAACUCAAGGGAGCAAAAGAUCGCGCCUUUCCUUCUCUGCGAACCCCAAAAAGGCCUCUUUGCCUCACCUUCUUUCUCUUCCAAUGGCUACUAUUCCAGUUAAUCCUAAGCCUUUCUUGAACAACUUGACUGGGAAGCCAGUUAUUGUGAAGCUUAAGUGGGGCAUGGAAUACAAAGGUUUUCUUGUCUCAGUGGAUUCCUACAUGAAUUUGCAGCUUGCCAACACAGAAGAGUACAUUGAUGGUCAAUUCACUGGAAGUUUAGGAGAGAUUCUGAUCAGAUGUAACAAUGUCCUGUAUCUUCGAGGUGUCCCUGAGGAUGAAGAUCUUGAAGAUGCAAAUCAGGACUAAUUGCGAUUCAUCUUCAAACAUCAAAUGUUUAGCUCUACGCGGUUUGCGUUCUGAGUAAAGCCGAAUGUUAUUCAUCCAAGAGAACCGUAAUCAUCAAAAACAAGAGCUGGAUUUCGUGUCGUUUUUAUGUGUCUUUCCGGAGAAGCAUUUUUUUGUCUGAAACUCCAAAAAUCAUCCAUGGGCUUGUAUAUGAAUUUGGUGGGAUAACUUGAGUUUAACCUGAAUUUGACUAGAGUUUUAGCUUCCAAAUACGUUGGGCUUUUCUGCA